AUGAGAUUCUCGCCUGCUUUGUUCGUUGCGCUCUCUGCCUUUUUUGUAACUGCGGUUGCCGUUAGCCAAGGAGCCUCGGCUAGUAGGAGCUACGAGGAGGAACACUUUCCCAAAGGGAAUAACGCUGCCGGUCAUAGGUUUGAGAAGGGCUACGAGGAGAAAUACCCUCAUAAAGAAAACGGCGCUACCAGUUUUCGGGACGAGAUGGCAUACGACAAGUCGAAAUAA